GGCCAUCAGCAGCGCCUCCCCCCGCCCCGGCCGCGUGCCUUCCCCACAUCCCACCCGCAGGCUGUGCAGCGGUGCGCAGAAAUGCCCCCGCGCGGCUCUCCCCCCUUCCGCCAAUUAUUCGGGGUUUUCACUUUGAUCAGGAAUCUGAACAGCGGCUUCUCAGCCCUGAAGGCUUUGGUUCCUUUGAUGCCCCAGGAUCGCAAACCCAGCAAAGCCGACACCCUGCGGGCAGCCGCCGAAUACAUCCGCCUGCUGCGGGCUGUGCUGCGGGACGCGGGGGGGCUGCAGGACGGAGCGGGGGGCGGCAGCCAGGAGGUGACCCCGGGGGGGGGCGGUUGGCCCCCGCCUGCCCCCCAACCGCAGCCGUGGGGCUCCCAGCCCUGUGUGGGGCGGCUGCAGGCGACGCUUCCUGCUCAUCCCUAAGAAAAUUAAUGAAGAUUUGGGGGGGGGACGGAGCGACGCUGAUGUCCCAGCGCUGAUUUCAGUGCCCCCAAACCAGAAUUGAUUUCAAAUCCCCCCCCCUCCAUUGAUGCUAUGGAGC